AUGAUGACCUCGAGCUACUGGAGCGAGAGCAGCAGCAGCAGCUGCGGGCACCAGCAGCGGCCCGAGCCUCUGCAGAUUCCGUCCAGCUUGCAGUGCCAGCCCCAGCAGUACCACUGUUACCGCCAGGCGAGCCAGCCGCAGCCACAGCCCGACAAGAACGUGGUGUACGAGAGAGUGCGGACCUACAGCGGCCCCGUGAACAAGGUGGUGCAGGCUCUGGACCCCAUUGGCUCCCCGGCCGAAGUGCUCUCUCCUCUCAAAGCUUCCUCCUCCUACCAAAACUUGGUGUGGAGCAGCGACCAUUCCCAGGAACUCCAUUCUCCAACAUUAAAAGUAGCCACUUGUGCCCCGAAUACUCUGCAUGUGACCCAUAAUAUUGAACAGGAUCUCCAUUCUCCAACAGUGAAAGUGACUACCUAUCCACAGACCACCAUACGGAGAUAUAUAGUCCAAAAUCCUGAUCAGGAACCCCUGUCCCCAUUUCUAAGAGGAGGGAAUUUUUUCCCGGGAAAUAAUGUCAUUUAUGAAAAAACAAUAAGAAAAGUUGAGAAGUUAAAUCCUGAUCAGGAAUGCUACCCCCAGAUUCAGUGCCAACAUCAUGUCAUACAACAGCCCCAGAUUGUACAGACUCAGCUCUGCCAGCCUCUGCAUUCCAACCAGCAAACUCAAGUCAUCACUGGAAGUACUGGAAGUGAACUGUGCUACAGCGGGUCACAGCCAAGCCACGAGCAGGUUAUAGUCGUUCAGGAUGAUGGCCCCGAAAAACUGGACCCCAAGUAUUUCGGAGAACUACUUGCCGACCUGAGCCGCAAGAAUACAGACCUGUAUCACUGCUUACUGGAGCAUUUGCAAAAAAUAGGAGGAAGUAAACGGGACUUUGACUCUACAGAUGAGUCAGAAGAUAUCGAAGCUUUGAUUCCAAAAGGGCUGUCAGAGUUUACAAAACAGCAAAUCCGAUACAUCCUGCAGAUGAGAGAGAUGUCAAACAAGUCACAUCGGCUGGUAUUGUCCACCUUCAGCAAUAUUCGGGAGGAACUUGGUCAUCUCCAGAAUGACUUGGCAGCACUAGAAAAUGAUAAGAUGAGACUCGAGAAAGAUUUAGCAUUCAAAGAGACUCAAAUAAAGGAGUACGAAGCACUCUUGGAAUCUGUGAGAGCUAAUAACCGCCAACAGCAGCAAGGACUCCAAGACUCUAAUUUAAAGUGUCGGACCUUGGAGGAAACCAUCCUCUCUCUUCGACAUGGCCAGUCAGAUAUGGAAUAUCGACUAAAGGAAUUGGAAUACUGUAAAAGAAAUCUGGAACAAGAGAAUAAAAGCCUUAGAAUACAGGUAUCUGAGACCUGUACAGGCCCCAUGCUACAGGCUAAAAUGGAUGAGAUUGGGAGCCAUUACAUGGAAAUGGUAAAGAACCUGAGAAUUGAGAAGGAUAGAGAGAUCUCCAAGCUAAGGGCUCAACUGAACCAGUUUCAAAAGGAUGUUUCAAGAAGGGAAGGAAGUUGCAGUGACUACCAGCUCAAGCUACAUGAACUGACAAGCUUGCUAGAAGAAAAAGAUUGCCUGAUAAAGCGGCAGUCAGAGGAACUCUCCAAAUUGAAGCAAGAAAAAUAUUCAUCCCACAAUCAGACCUCAGGAGCUGGAAGGACUACUAUCACGACCACUAAAAAAUACCGAACCCAAUAUCCAAUUCUGGGGCUCCUUUAUGAUGACUAUGAAUACAUUCCCCCAGGCAGUGACACCCAGACCAUCGUCAUUGAAAAGACAGAAGACAAAUGGACUUGUAGUGAAAGGAAUGCUACAGAUGAGAUAUGUAGACCUGUAGAAGACCUCUCCGGUGAUGGUGUGCUUUACUGA